AGCAGUGCAACUCCAGACGGUUGUGACGAGUGCACGCAAUCCGCUGUUAUCGUCGCCGCCGGCCGCUAACACUCUCUCUCUCUCUCUCUCUUCUUCUGAUGACAUGUAUGAGCGUGUUCAUCUUCUACGUUGAUAUUCGUGACGAAGAAACUCUUUGACUAAUUGAAGAUAAGGCGCAAAAUUAUAACGCGUGUGAAAAAAAAAAAUUAAGAAAGAUUUGUGUCUGCUGAAAGAAAUUUUUUAUUGAAAACAGAAGAAAAAGGGGUGAUCGGUUUUUUGGCUCGUGCGCGUAAAUCUGAUAGACAACCCACCAAGCAGACCUCUCCAUAACCUCUACGAGAUAACAUUUUGACUAAUCAUCCAACGAGUGUUAGUUUUUGCUUGUCACGAGUAAGCAAAGUGUCUUUCACAUCAAUAAAUCGUUGUUGGAUCUGAAAAAAAUCACCAUGAAUGAAUCCGUGGGUACUGAAAAUAAUAUGGAACCGCCAAUACGCGAAGAACUGGUUCAAACUGCAAUAAAGUUUCUUCAAAAUCCGAACGUUUUAAACACUCCUUUAGAACAAAAACAAAAGUUUUUGCAGAAGAAAGGUUUGAGUCAAAAGGAAGUUCAAUUGGCAUGUGAAAGGUCAGGAGCUUAUGAUAAUCAAAAUAAACAACAAAUGAUGCAACAAUCUGUUGUACCAAUGCCCUAUCCUCCACAACAACUAGCACCUUUAAGUACAUUUGAUAAAAUAAAAGAAAUUGUCCAUAAUAUAGCUUUAGUAAGCAUAGUUGCUUAUGCUAUUUAUAAGUUCUAUGAAAAAUUCAUCAAACCAUUCCUAUUUGGUGAUAAAAAGAAAACUAUUGAAGAAACAGUGGAAGAUUUAUCAAAACAAGUAAAUUCAUGUGUGAUUGAUCUUAAAGAGGGAUUAGCAAGUGUUAAAACUGAAGUGGACAAAAUCAAUCAAAUCUCAGAGAGCAAUACUCAAAGACAACUCCAACAGCUUCAAUCUGAUGUUGCAACAGUAAAAGGUCUACUUUUAUCCAGGAAGCAAUUUCCCUCAGUAGCUAAUAGCCCUGUAGUACCGCCUUCCAUUCCCGCUUGGCAAUUGGGAAGCGUUUCAACUCAAGAGGAACAGGCCGAUCAAGACCCCAAAUCGGAUGGAUCUGAAUUGAUUGAACUCGGUUCAGGAUCUACACCUUCGGAACCGGAACAGGAAACCAAAAAUAGUGAUAGUAGCUUAGAAAUUAUGUAAAAGGUUACCAAAAAAUAUCGACUGUAAUUUAUUUACCUUCCUUUUUUUACGUUUUAUUUUAAUAUUAAUUUACAUGUAUUUUAAAAAUAUAUCGAUUUAGGUAU